GGUGGCCAACUGACCAAGUCUUCUCUUCAAAUUUUCUUAUCAAACAACAUGUUUCUCCCUUAUAAAUAUCCUUGUAAAGAGUGUGUUUUUGUGCAUGGAGUAGCAUAUGGUCUUAACAAACAAACAAACUUAAACUUAGAAGAACAGCACCAGUUGCAUUUGCUUUCACACACAGUAGCUACUUAGUCACUAAGUAUAGUGUACAGAUACAUGAGAAUGGAGGAAAUGGCAUCAGCACUUGAUCUUCCCGGAUUCCGUUUCCAUCCGACUGAAGAAGAACUGCUCGAUUUCUACCUUAAGAACAUGGUUUUCGGCAAAAAAUUGCGUUUCGAUAUAAUUCGAUUUCUUAAUAUCUACCAUCAUGAUCCUUCGGAGUUGCCUGGAUUGGCUAGGAAUGGAGAAAGGGAAUGGUAUUUUUUUGUGCCAAGAGACAGGAGGCAUGGUAGUGGAGGGAGGCCUAACAGGACAACUGCCAAUGGAUUUUGGAAAGCUACUGGUUCUGAUCGGAAAAUAGUGAGCUUGUCGGACCCGAAAAGGGUUAUUGGAUUGAGAAAGACUCUUGUUUUCUACAAGGGAAGAGCACCAAGAGGCACAAAGACUGAUUGGGUCAUGAAUGAAUAUCGUCUGCCUGAUUCAUGCCCCUUACCUAAGGACAUAGUCUUAUGUAAGAUAUACAGGAAGGCAACUUCCUUGAAGGUGCUAGAGCAAAGGGCUGCAAUGGAAGAAGAGAUUAAGACAAUUCAUGUCUCUCCAGCACUAUCCCCCCUAUCAUCAUCAUUGGACAACAUGUCAUUUUGCAGUCAACAAGAAGACUCAAUGCUUCCAACCUCUCUGCAACAGGUGGUUUUGAAGAAAGAAGUAGAGGAUAUGGUGAUUUUGGGAAAGGAUAGUUAUAACGGUGAUAACAAUUGUGAUGAAGGGCCAAAGGAGACUAAGCGGUCUUCUUCUUUACAAUUACCUGUGGGGAAGGACGAGCUACCUGAGCUAGAAGUGCCCAAAUUAAGCAUGGAUUGGAGUCAAGACAACCUUUGGUUGAAUAGUCCUUGGCUUCAAAGUUUAGCCCAAAAUCUGACCCCUUACGCCAACAUUUUGAAUUUCUAGCUAAUUAAUGCCUAAAUAUUAUUCGAUCUUGUAGAUAACUUUCUUCAUUUGUUACUUAGGGAUUUUUCUACUGUCAUCACAUAGCUCAAGAAGAAUCUUCCAGCUCAAGUGCCUAAGAGGGUGAAUCAUGAUAUCCGUUAGUUAAUGUCUUGAAGUAUUACUUUAUGUAUCUUUGUUAAUGAACAACUUUAUAUUUUUUUCAUUUCCUGCUUAAUAACCUAUAUUAUAAAUAACAAAAAGGUUUAAUUUGUUA